AUGUCUCCCUUUGCCAACAUACUAGUAUUCUUCUUGUGCCUCUCCCUUGUUAUUGUCCAAGGUUAUGUUGUGCGAGAAGAGAGGCCACAAAAGUUGGGAAAGGAGAAGGUCACCCAACUCCACUUUUUCUUUCAUGAUGCUCACAGUGGUAAGAACCCCACCAGUGCUUUCAUCGUUAGACCUAUUGAUGGUGUCAGUCCAUCACAGCUGACCUGUUCGAGAGAUGUGCGAGAGAACCUCUCUCAUCUCAACCAUUCGGGAGAUGUGAGAAAGAGCUCUCCCAUCUGGCUCACUCGAGAGGCAUGCGAGGAGUAAGAGGAUGGCGACAUGGUAGUCAUGUCAACCCUUUUGACCCAUUCGAGGGUCAUGUAGAGAGAGAACAAGGGUGUUGUAGUUGUCACCUUUGAGAUGUGUGGGUUUGAUUGCACGUAGAUCGAGAUACUUCUUUCUAGAGAUUGAUUAUCUUUUCCUAUUCAUUAUAAAUAGGACAUGUAUUUCUUCUUUUUUGAGCAUGACGAUAAAUUCUUUCCUUCUCUCUUGAUUCUAUUUUCUUUCUAUUGAGACGCUAACAUCCCAAAUGGGCCAAAAGGGAAAGGGAUCUCGAAGACGUCGGCCCAAUCCAAGAUCGGAGUAGGACAGAUGAAAUCCAAACACCAAAGGUGACAACCACAUGUGGGAUCAUGUAUAAUAGGAAAUGUGUGCGACGGACGAAGUUCGGUGGGGAACCAUGCCGACCCAAUAGAGAUAGAGCAUGGCACCCACGUCCCAUCAAACUUGAGUACUCUAUGAUAGAAGGUAGUGGCCAAUGCUAGAGGGCUUCAACUAUAAAGAGAAGCUAAACAGCCACAAGAAAAGCAGGUUGGGAGAACUUCACGAAGACUCCUUAUGGAGCUCAAAACAACAAUCCCAAGACCGAACAUGUCUUGGUUAUUAUUCUCUCUCUUUAUCUUUAUUCCUCAUAUCCCUCAAUGAUUAUCGUCAUCUCUCUCUCUCUCUCUCUCUCUCUCUCUCUCUCUCUCUCUCUCUCUCUCUCUCUCUCUCUCUCUCGCAUGCCUCGAUCUCAAUCAUUCUCGACUUCCCAACAAGAGUUCUUUGGCAUCCAGGACAUCUGAAGCUUUCGUAUGAGACCAAUUUAUCUAUUAAACUCGUAUGUAUUUUGACUUCUUACAAAAAGGGGCUCAUCACUUACUCUAUCAACUCUAUUUCUUUUUUUGCUAUUUUUCUUUCUUCUAUUACAAGUGAAGUCCUUAUAAAAGAAGAUAAGAGUCUAUUAUUAACUCUCCAAUAUUUGAGUCAUCUCGAAGACAUUGAGAUGUAGAUUAAAAGUAUUUAGUAGAAGUCUUGUUCUCAUCAGGAUUCUUGAUAGCUGGGUGAUUUAUCUUCUAUUUAUUUUCACUGAUAUUUAGAAAUUGAGUUUUCACUAUUAUUGUGAUUUUAUACUUAUAUAUUUUUUAUACAAGUGAUAUUUAAAUAUUGAUUUAAUUAUUUCUAGAUUUACUAUAGCUUCUAAGCUACAUAAUGAUAUCCAAAAGUUAGAUAAGUCUUUUAACUUUAAUCUCUAGAAUCAUCCUAUGUAUGAUGUAUUGUUGCAGACUAACUUGUAUAAGACUUUGGUUGGACCAAAGUUAAAUAAGAUAAGUACUAAUGAUUGAGAGACAAUAGAAAAGAAGGACAUAAAUUUUAUUUGUACACGUCUAUCUGAUUGGGCUCUUCAAUAGGUUAUGGAUAAAUAUAAUCCAAAUAAAUUUUAAAAGAACUUAGAGAAAUGAUGUGUACCAAAGUCGAUGAUGAGCAAAUUGACAUUGAAGAGAAAACUAUUUGAAUUACGUAUGUUAAAUGGAGAUGAUUUGUCAUCUCAUAUUGAUUAUUUUAAUCAAUUAUUGAAUGACUUACUUAUAAAAUUAAAAUUUUCUAAUAAAAUAAAGUUAUUAGUUUACUUAUCUCUCUUACUAAUUCAUAUGAUCAUCUUAUUAUGACUUUGUUAUAUGGUAGUACAACACCCAUUCUUGAAGAUGUUAUUGACUCAUUGAUGAAAUAUUAUCAUCGAAACAAAGAUGUUGAUGAAGCUUGUAGUGAAGGUUUAUAUGUAAAAGAUAAAAUAGAACGUGAAAAGUAAAAGGAGAAAGAAUCAUCAAGAGAUAAGAAAAAUUAGUCUAAGUCACGAACAAAUUAGUUGAAAAAUCAAACUUGUCACAAGUUUCAUGAGAAGAGACACUUAUAAAGAGAUUAUUUGAAAAACUAGUAAUAAGACAAUAAGAGGUGAAUCUCAACUAAUGUUGCAAAGGUUAAGAACAGAGAAGAUUGUGAAGUUUAUUUUAUACUUAUUGUAGUUGAGUUGUUGAAUACAUAAAUUUUUGAUACUGAUUGUUCUUAUCAUAUGUGUCAUAAUGCUGACUGAUUUGACUUAUACAUAAGUGUGACAUGAGUUAUUUCUAUAGAAAAUAAUAUAACUUGUGAAGUUGUAGCCAUUGAUUUAGUGAAGGUUUAAAUGUUUGACAAAGUGGUCUGAGAGCUUGAAAAUAUUCAUCAUGUUCCAACAUUGUACCACAAUUUGAUUUUGCUUAGAGUUUUGAAGGCGAAUGAAUGUUAUUUCAAAUGAGAGAAUAGAAUCAUCAAAAUUAUCAAGAGAUCACUUGUCGUGAUGAAGGGAAGAUGUUAACGAGAAAAUAUUUAUAAACUUAAAGGGAGUGUUGUUGUAGGUGGAGCUUGUGUUGCGACACUAGAUAAUUUUAUAAUUGAUGACACACUUUAUGAUAUCUGUGAUUGGCUCAUAUGAGUGAGACAAAUAUACAGAAGCUACAUAUACAAGGACUAUUACAUGAUGUGAGAACUUGUAAAUUGAAUUAUUAUAAGUACUAUAUCAUAAAAAAUAGUAUAGGGUGAUAUUCAAAGUAAUGAAAUAUGAUAUGGGUGGUAAGUUGAAUUAUAUUUAUGUAGAUGUGUGUGAUAAGAUUGAUGUGACAUCGAUGGGUGGUGUUCAAUAUUUUCUAACCUUUGUUGAUAAUUUUUUCAAGAAAGUUUAAGUAUUUUUCUUGAAGCACAAGUGAAAAAUAUUUGCAAAGUUCAAGACUUGAUGUGUGAAUUUAAAAUUUUGCAGACUAACAAUGGUAAGAAUUUAAGAAUUUUGAAUUUGAUUAGUUUUGUGAUGAACAUGAUAUUCAAUGUCAUUAUACAGUGAAGUACUUUUUACAACAAACGGUGUUGUUGAAUGCAUAAAUCGUAUGAUUACUAAGAGAGUAUGAUGUUUAUGAUUGAAUGUUGACUUACUCAAAGAAUUUUGAACAUAAGUUAUGACUAUGAUAACUUAUUUGCUAAAUAGAUUACCAAAUUUUGUUAUUGAUGGAAAGGUUGCUGAAAAGGUAUAAACUAAAAAUUAUGUUGAUUAUUCAAAUUUACAUAUAUUUAGAUGUCCAAUAAAUGUUCUUACACCUGCUAAUGAGAGAUCGAAGCUAGAUCUAAAGUUGAAGAAAUGUAUCUUCUUAGGCUAUAAAACUAACAUGAAGUGAUAUUGACUAUAAGAUUUAGAGAUGAAGAAAGUUAUUUUUAGUAGGGAUGUGAUUUUUGAUCAAAAUCAUAUGUUGAAGUCUUUUUCUACAAAGCACAAGGUUCAAGAAUCUAAUGAUACUCGAGUUGUAGACACAACAAGACUGAAGAUGAAGAUUGUGUAGAGUCCUCUUAGUUAUAUUGUGAGUGAAGAUUGAGUUAUAUAAUCUUCAUAUAUUCUUGAUUAAUUGUAGAAUCAUAGUAAAUAAUGAGCCCAUAACUUUUUAGGAGUCAACUAGUUAUUCUAAAAAGGAGAAGUGGAUACAUGCAAUGUUUGAGAGGCUCGAGUGGCUAUGGACUAAUGGGGGCACGUGUGCCCCACUCCCCUUCCACGUUAUCAAUGGUCAAUCAGUUGUGAGGCAAAAAGUGAUUGUACACACAUGAGAAAGAGACUCAUUACUUAAAAAGGUGAUAUUACUAUAUAUUCGUCCAAAACCUUGUUGUAUAACUGAUGUGGGGUUAAACCUACAUCACAUUUUUCCUAAAAUGAUUUUAUUUAUUUUAAUAUCUAAAAUACUCUUUAGUUAUAAUAAUGAUAUACCAAUGAUGACAACAUUUUACAAGAGUAUUAUAGCAUUUAUUUCAAUCUCUCUCAUGUAGACCGACGACUGGUGUUGGUUCAAAUCCUAAUACAAUCAAAACUCAUAUUUUUAUCUAAUUAAAUUGUGACUUUCUUGUAAAUCACUGGUGAAUGAUUAAGUCGCUAGAAUUACUCGAUCAUCAAUAAAAAUUUUAUCAACUCGAUUUGCAGAACAUUCUUAUUAAAAUUGUUGAACGAUUCAUGAUAAAAGGAUCAUGAAUCCAUCAAGUAAAAUAUUUCUAAUUGAUUGACGAACAAGUCAUCACUGGUAAGAAGACGAUCCACAAGGAGAUGAAUCACCACCUCUUGAGAGCGUACCAGAUGCGAUGAAGAGCCUCCUCUAACAACACAUUGCUAUCGUGACGUGGAAACUCUAUUUUCUUACUUUCAAGUUAAUUUUUAAUUUAUUUACUGAUAAUUUAUGUGAUUUAAAUUCACUAAACAAUUCUUCAUUCAAUUAUGAUUCUUUCAACUUUUACAUAUCUUAAUUUGAUCAAUUAAAUUGUCUAUAAUUACUUAAAUAAGAAUCAUUAGGUGGAACUCUAUUUUUGCCUGAUUUACAUUCAUUGGGCGUUGAUGUCAUCUUGACCUCUGCACUCUUAUUUUCCUUUUUCAUGAAUUUUUAAUAUAUAUUUCUAAUUGUUUAAAUAUUUAUUAAUAAAAAAUUAUAUUAUUUGUGAAAAAAACUUAAAAAUUAUCCAAUAUUAUAUUACAUCCCUGUGAUCAACUUGAAAACUUUUUACUAUUUUUAGAACUUUUAUUAAAUUAUAGUUGAUAUAUUUAUUUAUAAAUACUUCUAAAUACUCAAAAAUUAGUAUUUUCUAGUUUUAUAAAUUUUAAAUUUACGUGCUUUAUUAUAUAAUGACUAAGUCAUGUCAGUAUACAAGAAGAAAUUGCUGAUAAUUGAUGGUGAUCAGUCACAGUACAAGACAAUACUUGUUGCAAAAGAUUUGACACAAAAGUAGAAAAUUGAUUAUACAUAGAUCUUUUAACCUAUUGUGAAGCACACAUCAGUUGGCUUUGUGUUAGCCAUUGUCGCACUUAAAAAUAUAGAGCUUGAGUAUUUAGACGUGAAGACGAUGUUCUUUUAUAAAGAUUUAGAGGAGACUAUUUACAUGCAGUAGUUGGAGAGUUUCAUUAUGUAAUGAUCAAAAUAUCUUGUUUGUCAAUUGAAGAAGUUUCUUUAUGGGUUGAAACAUACAUCAAGUCAAUGGUAUAAUAAGUUUACCUCUUAUAUGUUGAAGAUUGACUAUACAAUGUGCGAUUUUGACUAUUGUGUUUAUAUGAAGAUUUGUGAUGAUGGUUCUUUAAUUAUUUAGAUACUCUACAUUGAGAAUAUGUUCAUUACUUCAAAGAAUUCACAUGAGAUUGUUAGAUUGAAAGUACUAUUGAACAAAAAAAUUGACAUGAAGAAUCUUGAUGUGAUAAAGAAGAUUAUUAGUAUAGAGAUCUAUAAAUAUUAAGAGUUAAGUCAACUAUGAUUAACUUAGAAGAGUUAUCUUUUAAAGGUGGUGGAUCUAUGUGGUAUGAGUAAUGUUAAAAUAGUGAGCACUUCUCUAAUUAGUCAUUUCAGAUUAUCUAUUACUCAAUGUUCGACAUAUAAAGAAUAUAUUAUUGAGAUGAAACAAAUCCUUUAUGUUAGUGCAGUUGGCUCUCUCAUGUAUGUUAUGAUCUGUAUUAGAUCAAGUAUUACCCAUGUAGUUGGACUUGUGAGUAGGUUUAUGAGUAAUCUAAAAAAAAAGUACUAGAGCGUAGUAAAGAGGAUUCUCUUAUAUCUAAAGAGUUAUUUAGAUUUCAGAAUCUAUUUUGACUGAAAAAUUUAUCUUUUUAUUGUUGACUUUGUUGAUGUAGAUUUUGUUAAGAAUUUAGAUCAUCAAAUAUUUAUGACAUGAUAUAUUUUACUAUAGUUAGUAAAGUAGUCAGCUAAAAGUCUACACUUUAAACUAUUGUUGCAUUAUCUAUGAUUGAGACAUAGUACAUGACAACUAUUGAAGUGGUUAAAGAGGCCUUGUGGUUGAAAGGAUUACUGAGUGAACUUAGAAUCUAAUAGAGUGAAGUUCCUCUACAUUAUCACAGUUAGAAUGUUAUUUACUUAGCAAAUAAUCAUAUCUAUCAUGCACAAUUGAUUGAAACAUACUAAUUUAUGGUAUCACAAGAUCUAUGAGUUGAUAAAUUCUAGAGAUAUCUCUCUAGAGAAGGUUUACACAGAUAAGAAUGUUGCUGAUAUAUUGACGAAAGUCGUCACAUUAAAGAAUUUAAAAUAUUAUUUAAAUUUUAUUCAUAUUAUAGGUACCUUAUAGAAGGUGAAGAACUUGUAGCAUGGAGAGAUGUCAAUUCCAGAUGUAGUGAUGAUGGCUACUAAGGUGGAGUUUGUCAACAAUGUCAAUCCAUCAUGGCUAACUCGUUCAAGAGAUGUGCCAGAGAACUUUUCUCAUCUCAAUUAUUCAGGAGACAUGAGAGAGAGCUCUCAUGUCUGACUCACUUGGGAGGCAUGUAAAGAGUAAGGGGGGUAGUGACAUAGUAGUCAUGUCAACCCUUUUGACCCAUUCAGGGGUCAUGUAGAGAGAGAAUGAGGGUAGUUGUAGUUGUCACUUUAGAGAUGUAUGGGCAUGACUGCACGUAGAUCGAUAUACUUUUUCCUAGGGAUCAAUUAUCUUUUCUUAUUCACUAUAAAUAAGGUAUGUAUUUCUUUUUUUUGGCACAACAGAGGAUGAAGUCUCUCUUUCUCUCUUGGUUCUAUUGUCUUUCUUCAUCAACUCUAUUCUUUUUCUUGGUAUCUUCUCUUUCUUUUAUUGUAGGUGAAGUCCUUAUAAAAGGAGAUAAGACUUUAUUGUUAACUUUCUAGUGUGUGAGUCAUCUCAAGGGUAUUGAGACAUAGAUUAGAAGUGUUUAGUGGAAGUCUUAUUCUUAUCAAGAUUCCUAAUAGCUUGGCGAUUUCUCUUCUAUUUGUUCUCACUAAUAUUCAAAAAUUGAGUUUCCACUAUUAUUGUGAUCUUGUACUUGCAUAUUUUUUCUACAAGACCCAAUGACACUUUUUCCUUCAAUUUUGGCUCACUUAUUGUCAUCGAUGGCAUCUUGACGGCUAGUGUGGACCGUGCCUCCAAGGUUGUUGGCAAUGCCCAAGACUUGUACAUAUUAACUAACCUUACUAAUUAGUCAUUAGUCAUGAUAGUGGAUUUUGGGUUCACCAUUGGGAAGUACAACAUGAGUUCCUUCAGCAUGAUGUCCAAGAACCCUCUCACGAGCCAAAUGAGGGAGCUGGUGGUUGUUGGCAGAAGGGGCAAAUUCCACAUGGCCCACAAUGUCACCUGCCUCCCUACAUGUGCCACUAUAGGCAUCACUACCAUUGUCGAGUACAGCAUUACAUUCCUACACUAUUAG